ACUGGCAGCUCUGCUCAAAGUGUAAAUUUUGUAUUUAUGUUUUUUUUCUAAAACUUAUUCCUGUUUAGAAAGUUAGUGUAACAUUGGCUCAAAAAUUCAAAUGAAAAACUAAUAACAAUAUUUCUAAACGUUGCGGAAUAUUGCUCUUUUCAAUCUCAUGGAAGAGAAGCUCAGUAGUUAUCGGAGCAAGAAACGUCGUCAGGCAGUGUUAAACAAUUUUAAAGACCUCUUGUUCAACAUGGUCUCUUUUCAGCAGGUCAAAGUAAACGAAAAAGCAACCCACGUCAUUGUGGAAACGGAAGCAGACGAAACCCCGUCAAUUCCGGCAAAGUGCAUUACCCCUGUGCACAAAGGAAAAUUAAAUGUUAAAUCUUCCAGUGCGGUUCUUUCUAAUUCCGACAAUGAAUCAAUCAUGUCAAUUUCCAGCUCAGUAGUCGAUAGCGAAAGUGAUGUGUUGCAGUGUCCAACUGAACAAACCGUUCGGAAACCAACCCGAUCUUAUCUGACCUAUAUUACUUAUACGGUAUAUUUUCUUUUCUGGGUCACCCUAUACGCUAUUGCGAUUGAACUUCGUUUCGGUGUGGUUUUUCUGAUGUUGUCAGCGUUAGUGGCCAUCUAUCUGAACACACGAACAGAGAAAACACCCGGUGAAAUUAGUGCGUACAGCGUAUUCAACAAGAAUUGCGAGGCCAUUGAUGGAACCCUGAAAGCGGAGCAAUUCGAGCGAGAGAUUGGAAUCAGGCAUUAAGCCGAGCCGUGCCUGUUGUAAGCUAAGAAUUUACGUACACGGUACUGAAAAAUCCCUAUAUAUUAUUAGAUGAUAACUAUUUACAUAAAGUCUUUCCUUUUUAAAAA